AGGCAGAGCGCGUCGCUGCGAUUGGAGACGUUUUUGGUUUUCCUCCCUCUGUGGAUGAGAGAGAUAGAUAGAGAGAGAGAGAGAGAGAGAGAGAAAGAGAGAGAGAGAGAGAGAGCUGUGCAGCCGCAGCCGCCGAGGAGAAAGGAGACGCGGGAGCGCAGGAGUUUUAUCCCAAGUUCACGGCAGCAGGUCGUGGAGACAGCGACCUGCUUCUCAGGGAAACAUCCUUGAGAACGCACGUACACUCACAAAGAAGCACACGCACGCCAACGAUCUCACACCGGCAACAUGCAGGAGUCUGAGCCGACGGUGUGCCAGCUGCAGCCCAACAUCAUCUCAGUGCGUCUUUUCAAAAGGAAGGUUGGCGGUCUGGGUUUCCUGGUGAAGCAGAGGGUGUCCAAGCCACCUGUCAUCGUGUCAGAUCUCAUCCGCGGUGGCGCAGCGGAGGAGUGCGGCCUGGUGCAGGUGGGCGACAUCGUCCUGGCCGUCAACAACAAGCCCCUGGUGGACAUCUCCUACGAGCGGGCCCUGGAGACGCUGAAGAAUGUGUCGCCCGAGAGCCACGCCGUGCUCAUCCUCCGGGGGCCUGAGGGCUUCACCACCCACCUGGAGACCACCCUGUGUGGAGACGGCCGCCAGCGCACAGUGAGGGUGACGCGCCCGGCCUUCCCGGCCUCGAAGUCCUACGAGCACUGCUCCCCUCUCAGUCCGUUCAGCCCCGGGCAGCAGCAGCAGGUCAACAAGGAGCCCCAGCUCAGGGCCAUAGAGAACCUGUCCUCGCCGUCCAUCACCCAGUCCUUCCUGCAGAGGGGAGGCAUACAGGCCCAGGACCCCCUGCUGAUGAGGGACGGGGGCCGCGGGGCUCUCUUGUGCAACGGGCUGGAGGAGAACAACGAGCUGCUGAAGGAGAUCGAACCGGUGUUGCGGCUCAUCAAGAACAGCAAAAAGGAGAUCAAUGGAGAGGGCCAGAGGAAUGCAGGGAGAAGGGACGCCGAGAUUCAAGUGGCCUGGGACCUUGGCGUGGGAAAUGGCACAUCUCCCCAGCUGGCGUCAGAUAACGACAGGAUGCUGGAAAACACGCCGGUGGUGUUCAACAACACUGACAAGCCCCCGGAACAGGGCAGCGCCUCACCGACUAAGACCCUGCAGAAUGGCAGUCCCUCCAAAUGCCCCCGAUUCUUAAAGAUCAAGAACUGGGAGACCGGCACCGUCUACAGCGACGUUCUCCACCACAGCUCCAGCAAGAUGCCAAUCUGCACUGAGAACGUGUGCAUCGGCUCCGUGAUGAUACCCAACCAGCACGCCCGCAAACCAGACGAGGUCCGAUCCAAGGAGGAGCUUCUUCCGCUGGCCACGGACUUCAUCGAUCAGUACUACACCUCCAUCAAAAGGUAUGGCUCUAAGGCCCAUGUGGACAGGCUGGAGGAGGUCACCAAGGAAAUUGACGCUUCGGGAACAUACCAGCUAAAAGACACUGAACUGAUCUAUGGAGCCAAGCAUGCGUGGAGGAACGCUGCCCGGUGUGUCGGGAGGAUUCAGUGGUCCAAACUACAGGUCUUCGAUGCUCGAGACUGCACAACAGCUCACGGAAUGUACAACUACAUCUGUAACCACAUCAAGUAUGCCACCAACAAAGGCAACCUGAGGUCAGCCAUCACUAUAUUUCCUCCGAGGACAGAUUGCAAACACGACUUUCGGGUGUGGAACAGUCAGCUGAUUCGUUAUGCAGGCUAUAAACUGCCUGAUGGACACAUCGUGGGAGACCCUGCUAACGUUGAAUUUACCGAGAUCUGCAUGCAGCUGGGGUGGAAAGCUCCUAAGGGCCGUUUCGACGUCCUUCCCCUCCUGCUGCAAGCCAAUGGAAAUGACCCUGAGCUGUUCGAGAUCCCUGAAGACCUCAUCCUGGAGGUGCCGAUUACACACCCAAAGUACGAGUGGUUCAAAGACUUGGACCUGAAGUGGUACGGCCUCCCGGCAGUCUCCAACAUGCUGCUGGAGAUCGGCGGCCUGGAGUUCACUGGCUGCCCCUUCAGUGGGUGGUACAUGGGCACAGAGAUUGGCGUGAGGGAUUUCUGUGACAGCUCACGCUACAACAUUCUGGAGGAGGUUGCUGACAAAAUGGCCUUAGACACCAGGAAGACUUCCUCUCUGUGGAAAGACCAGGCGCUGGUGGAGAUCAACAUUGCUGUUCUCUACAGCUUCCAGUCGUGCAAAGUGACCAUAGUGGACCAUCACUCAGCGACCGAGUCCUUCAUGAAGCACAUGGAGAACGAGUACCGGGUGCGAGGUGGUUGUCCCGGCGACUGGGUGUGGAUCGUGCCUCCCAUGUCAGGAAGCAUCACACCAGUCUUCCACCAAGAAAUGCUCAACUACCGCCUCACCCCCUCCUUCGAGUACCAGGCUGAUCCGUGGAAUACCCAUGUGUGGAAAGGUGUCAACGGGACACCCACAAAGAAAAGAGCCAUUGGAUUCAAGAAGCUCGCCAAGGCUGUGAAGUUUUCGGCCAAGCUCAUGGGCCAGGCCAUGGCCAAGCGAGUGAAAGCCACCAUCCUGUUUGCAACAGAGACGGGCAAAUCGCAAGAUUACGCCAAAACUCUGUGUGAAAUCUUCAAGCACGCGUUUGACGCAAAGGUCACGUCGAUGGAUGAGUAUGAUGUGGUCGACCUUGAGCACGAGACGCUGGUGUUAGUAGUGACCAGCACAUUCGGCAACGGUGACCCACCAGAAAAUGGAGAGAAAUUUGGAGCUGCCUUAAUGGAGAUGCGUCACCCAACGUCCAACACAGAAGACAGGAAGAGCUACAAGGUCCGUUUCAACAGCGUCUCCUCGUACUCUGACACACGCAAGUCCUCCAGUGAUGAGCCAGAGACUAGAAUCAACUUUGAGAGCACCGGGCCUCUGGCUAAUGUCAGGUUCUCAGUGUUUGGCCUUGGCUCCAGGGCCUACCCACACUUCUGCGCCUUUGCCCACGCUGUGGACACGCUGUUUGAGGAGCUGGGGGGGGAACGCAUCCUACGCAUGGGAGAAGGAGACGAGCUGUGUGGUCAGGAGGAGUCGUUCAGAACCUGGGCCAAGAAGGUUUUUAAGGCCGCCUGUGACGUGUUCUGCGUCGGCGAUGACGUGAACAUCGAAAAGGCCAACGACUCCUUGAUCAGCAACGACCGCAGCUGGAAGAAGAGCAAGUUCCGCAUGACGUACACGGCCGAGGCCCCGGCGCUCACAGAUGCUUUGCACAGCAUUCACAAGAAGAAGGUUUAUGGAGCAAAGAUGCUGGAAUCUGAAAACCUACAAAGUCAGAAAUCCAAUCGCUCCACCAUAUUUGUGCGGCUCCACACAAACAACCACGACAGCCUGAGCUACCAUCCCGGCGACCAUCUGGGCAUCUUCCCUGGCAACCAUGAGGACCUGGUUACCGCUCUCAUCGACAAACUGGAGGACGCUCCGCCUGUCAAUCAAAUUAUCAAAGUGGAGUUCCUGGAUGAGAGGAACACGGCUCUAGGUGUAAUCAGCAACUGGACCAACGAGACUCGUAUCCCUCCCUGCACCAUCUACCACGCCUUCCAGUACUUCCUGGACAUCACCACCCCACCGAGCCCUGUGCUGCUGCAGCAGUUCGCUGCUCUGGCAACCAACGACAAACAGAAGAAGAAACUGGAGGUCCUCAGCAAGGGCUUGCAGGAGUAUGAGGAGUGGAAGUGGUACAACAAUCCGACUCUGGUAGAGGUGCUGGAAGAGUUCCCCUCUAUCCAGAUGCCGUCCACUCUGCUGCUCACCCAGCUGCCGCUGCUGCAGCCUCGCUACUACUCCAUCAGCUCCUCUCCAGAGCUGCACCCAGGAGAGAUCCACCUCACCGUCGCUGUGGUCUCUUAUCGCGCCAGAGAUGGAGAGGGACCCAUCCACCAUGGAGUGUGUUCAUCGUGGCUCAACAGGAUAGAGAAGGGGGAGAUGGUGCCGUGUUUUGUCCGAGGUGCACCAUCUUUCCAACUUCCCAAAGACAACCAGGCACCUUGUAUCCUGGUGGGUCCAGGAACAGGUAUCGCCCCGUUCAGGAGCUUCUGGCAACAAAGACUGUACAACCUUGAACACAAUGGGAUUGAAUCGUGCCCCAUGAUCCUGGUGUUCGGUUGUCGGCAGUCAGAGAUGGACCACAUCUACAAGGAGGAGACGGUCCAGGCCAAGAACAAAGAGGUUUUCAAGGAGCUGUACGCGGCCUAUUCCAGAGAACCCGGCAAACCAAAGAAAUACGUACAGGAUGUACUGCGCGAGCAGCUGUCAGAGACGGUGUACCAGUGCCUGAGGGAGGAGGGAGGACACAUCUACGUGUGCGGUGAUGUUACGAUGGCCGGAGAUGUUCUCAAGACCAUCCAGCAAAUCAUCAGGCAGCAGGGCAACAUGAGCCUGGAGGACGCCGGCUUCUUCAUCAGCAAGCUUCGGGAUGAGAAUCGCUACCACGAGGACAUCUUUGGUGUCACCCUGCGCACCUAUGAGGUCACCAACCGUCUUCGUUCCGAGUCCAUCGCUUACAUUGAGGAGAGCAAAAAAGACUCAGAUGAGGUUUUCUGCUUGUAAGUCUAUGAAUCGGGGGGGCUUUCCGACAACAACCAGUCUGGAGGAUGCAGCAACACUGGUUGAAGAAUACUGUGCCAAUUUUUGUACUGUAAAAAAAGUUUUUCUUUCUUUCUUUCUUUCUUUUUUUAUAUACCACUUUAAUGUUUCUGUUGGGCUCUGCGAUUUUGUCUGUAGCAAGUUGGAAAUGUUCUGUUCUCUGAGAAUCUGUUUUGCUUGUCGAUGAUUCUUCCAAAAAUUAUAAAUUGAUCAUUUUUGAUUUCAUAAUGUGUGAACCUAGUGUAAUGACCUGCCUCAUUGUGAAUGCAUGACCAAGACAAGAAUAUACUAAACAAAUAUAAUAUACUCUGUGUUAUUGUUACAGUGAAAAUGAUUUUAUCGAGGUUUUAUAUUUGCAAGGGGGAAUGUGUGGCUUCGAUUACAGAAACAGAAAUUUAUGAAGUUGAUUUCACUGAUUCAUCAAGAACCAGGACUGAUCGAAGUUAUUUGGGCUGUUGUGCUGUUUAUUCUUUUACAUCAGAGGCUGUAGUUUCAGAAAAAUGUAGAAUCAUGAAGGACCCGGAGUCACUGCAAAUGAUGAAUAGAACAUCCGGAGAGCACAUACCUCCGCCAAAGGCUAAACCCGCAUCUCGCAAUGCUUAAGAAAGUGAAAAUAAAUUCCUUGAUAUGUUCCUUGGUAUGUUUUUCCGGGACGUGCUUUAAAAUGUAAUGUGUUCUUCCUUGAGUCGUGUUCUGCCCAUCCGGAACAUUUCAUGGAAAUUGGUUCCGUAGUUUUUGCAUAAUCCUAACUAACAAACGAAACUUAAGGAGGGGGCACACUUUCACCAAGGCUCAACCGUCGAGCUGCACCAAAUUUCACAUACUCAUAGAUAUUAUUUCAGAUUGUUUCCAUUGAGAUCAUCUGGAUCUGCCCCAAGAUGGAAUAGGUUAUCCCCUGACCGAUACCACUCCCUCCCACCAAGUUUCCUGGUAAUCCAUGCAGAGGUUUUUGUGUAAUGUUGGACAAUAACAGACAAACAAAAAAACUAAUGAUUAAAACAUCAGCUCUUUGGCCAAACAACAAACAUGUUAUCCAGCUCUUCUCCGCAGUCCAGUUAGAAUGCAUCAGCCUCCGCGGCAGCUCUCUUAUUGGUGGCCUGUCCUUUCUCUCGUAACAUCAUAAUCCCGUGUGUCCCAGUGGGUUCCUGCACAACCACAGCAGCAAGAAAUCAAAGCUACCAUGUUUCACUAUGUGUUAUUAAUCAACUCCAAAACACUUCUUUAGGGCUCUCAGGUUUUAUUUAAUUAUAGAUACUUAUUCAACAUAUUAUACUGACAUUAUAAAAGUCUUGCUGAGUGCUUGAUGAGGAAAUCGAUAGCUUACCUCGCUCAUAUCCCAUAAGGUAGAUGUUAAGAUACAGCCAGCAGUGGGUUAGCGGGCGUUCAGAGCAAAAGUUGCACAAAAACCAAAGUUCCAUGUUGUAGUUGUAUGUGUCAGGCUUUGUUUGACUGGAAGCAGCUCCCGUACAAAAUAACCCUAAAAUGCAACUUGUAAUUUCGUAUUUAGUUGUUCUGUGCAGAUUAAACUAAAAAAUAAAAAUAAUGGAAUACAUAUGUUUUAGAUGUGCUGCUAUAGGAAGCUUUUGUUCUGAUGCUAAGCUAAGCUAACCAGCUGCAGGCUGUAGCGUCACAUUUACCACAUGGACAUGGUCGUGGUAUUGAUCCUCACCUUCCUCUCAGCAAAAAUGACAAAUAUUUCCUAAACUGUUCCUUUAAAAACAAAGACUGUCGGGGCAACAAACCUCUUUUCCUACCGGAAAGUAAAGGUUGUGUUUCUGCACACCGUGCUGCCCAGAUCACAUGUGGCAGCUGUCAACUUUGUCCAGUGCUCACUGGAUUUUAAAACUUUCAUUUGUCGGCAUCAUGACUCUUCUGCCUCUUGCCUUACAUUAACUCUCUGCUUCUGCCUACAUGCACCACAUUCACUCUCUUUUGUCUCAUGCCUCUCUCUCACUGUGACCUGACACCCGCUCAGUAGCAUCAGCAUGCGUGUGUGUAUGUCUGUGUGUGUGUGUGUCAUAUCAAUCGCUGUGUGUGUGUGUCUCUAUUCGAGUGGGUGGAAACGUGCAUGUGCUCAGGUGUGUGUUUUUACAUGGUUAUUCUGCUCUGUGGUCUGCUUACUCGUCACACUGGUCAGAUUUUGAAACCAGCAUGAGUGUGUUGCUGUGCGAGUCUGAAAAUGAAAUCUUACAGAUGGUGUUUUGGUAUCAGGAAACUGCCCACAUGGCUUUUCGUUUUGAUCUCAGCAGUCCACUCCUGUUGUGAGGUUUAGUUUUUUUUCAUUCAAAGACGAGAGGCGGCCGCUCGGGUCAUUUGCUGCUUAGCAAUGAGUCAGGGCUGCAAUUUGAAUAUAUCUGUGCAGCGACCACAUUAUUUUUUCGACCGUCUCGACAGUAACCUGUGACUUUUCUUGUCAUCUUCUCUGUCUUAUUUAUUCCGUCCCUUGUUCUCUGAUUCAGUUCAAAGAUAGCCGUCAUCAUGAUUCAUGGAUUUCAGUGUGAUUUCCAAAACAGCUCAAACAGCUGCUGAGAAAAUGUUUGUUUGUUUUUUUGAUUCCCAUUGUCCCCUCUGUCGUUCACUCUGAAUGAAUGUCUCCUCUGUCUUAUUUGUUUUUAACAGAUUUCCUUCAAUUGGAAUGAGAAAAUGUCUGUGAUGUAAAAUGUGCAACAAGAAAACAAUUGAUACAAUAAUAUAGCGUAUAUAUAUAGCUUCUAUAUAUAUAUAUAUAUAUAUAUAUAUUCAAAGACAAAGUAUAAAAUAUAAAGAGUACCACUUCGAUCUUUUCUAAGAAUGUAUUUUGAUUAUGUAAAUGAGCACUAUGAUUCUGCUUGAUUUAAAAAGAACAAAAAAAAAGCCUAUUCUAUAUGGUGUCUCUCAUAUCCUUUAGGUAUGGGGAUAAAACAGCAGCAUUAAAUAAAUGCAUGGUGAUCUUCUGUCUCCUGUUCAUAUUUAAAAAGCUCUGUCUAUUAACCAGCACUGUGUCAGUCAGUGAGACUGUAUCGUGAGGUCUGGCCUUUUCCCACAGGGCUUUGGAUGCUUAAAAAAAAAAAAAACUUUCUGGACGGGAUUUCUUUCUCUGUGUUUGCAUAUCGCUGCUGCUGCUAUGAACAACUCUGAUCCAAUCAGCCUCUGCUAUAAUGACCUUUGUUGUGUAAUUGAUCGAGGGUAUUCCAUUUUAAUGCAUCAACUGCAAGGACUUUUCAUUUACUUACGAAAUAAAGAGAAACAUUUACAGAAUAUGUCAA